UUCCCAGACCUGGGCAUUGAUCGUUGUAGACCCUACUCUGUGCUCCCACCCCAUCCACCCUGGAGCAGCCCUUAAUUUGGCAAAUUAGCAUGAACCCCUGGAGGUCUUAAGUAUUAGAUUUCUCUAAAGUUGAACAGAGACCAUUCAUCUCAUCCAUUUUCCAUUCUCACAUUCUUUGUCUUCCCACAGAAACAGGACACCUCAGAACCCAGGCAGCCCUCACAGCCCAAGGUCAUGGGCUCUCCAGAACUGACACUUAACCCCCACCCCAGCGUGGAGUCCCAAUCCAGCAUCUCUUCUGUAGUCUUUCCUUUCAUUCCUCUAAUUUCAGCCUCCAGCCACAAUCAGGGAUGACAGAGCAGUCCUUACUGUCCAACAACACCUUCCCCUGCCCAGCUUCCUUCCUGCUAACAGGCAUCCCAGGGCUGGGCACCAUGAGUGCCUGGCUCUCCUUGCCCUUUGGCUCCAUGUACCUGCUAGCUCUGCUCGGCAAUGCAGCUCUGCUGGCUGUGGUGAAGGUAGAUACUACUCUGCAUCAGCCCAUGUUUCUCCUCCUGGCCACCCUGGCUGCCACUGAUCUGGGCCUGGCCUCCUCUGUGGCCCCAGGGCUGCUGGCCAUCCUGUGGCUUGGGCCCCGGCCCAUCCCCUACGCUGCCUGCCUGGCCCAAAUGUUCUUUGUCCAUGCCCUGACUGCCAUGGAAUCAGGUGUCUUACUAGCCAUGGCCUGUGACCGUGCGGUGGCUGUGGGGAACCCACUACGCUAUCCAACCCUGGUCACAGGUGCCCGUGUGGGUUGGAUAGCUGUGGCAUUGGGGUUGCGGGCUGUGGCCAUCGUGGUGCCCUUUCCAUUGCUGGUGGCCCGAUUCAAGCAUUUCUGGAUGAGGGCCGUGGCCCAUGCUUAUUGUGAACACAUGGCAGUGGUGGAACUGGUAGCUGGCAAUACAAGGGCCAACAACCUGUAUGGGCUGGCACUGUCUCUGGCAGUAUCGGGCAUGGAUGUAAUGGGCAUUGCAGGCUCUUACAUUCUCAUUGCUCACACUGUGCUGAGGCUGCCCACCCACCAUGAGGCCCGGGCCAAGGCUUUUGGUACCUGCAGCUCUCACAUCUGUGUCAUCCUGGCCUUCUAUGUGCCUGGCCUCUUCUCCUAUCUCACACACAGAUUCGGCCGCAGAACCGUUCCCCGCCCAGUGCACAUUCUACUCUCAAAUGUCUACCUGCUGCUGCCCCCAUCCCUCAACCCACUCAUCUAUGGUGCCCGCACCAAACAGAUCAAGGAGAGGCUCCUCUCAUUCUUCACACCCUGGAAGGGUCAGCUUUGAUAGGAUGCCAGGAGUCUGGGCUGGAGGCCUUGGAACCAUGAGAGAGGCUUGAGGUAUCUGCUCAUUGG